CUGGUUGAACUAGGAAAGAGUCGUUUAAGUUACAUAAUAAGCAGUACGAGCUCUUUCCCGAAAGUAUGCAGUGUUACUUUGUGGGAGUACUCCACUACAUCAACUGGAUGACAAUGGGGAACGAAGUGUUGGCUCUACUAGUUCCUAUGGAGCCGCUUAACCUGGUGAGGAGCGGAAGUGGUCACACAUUUUAAACAUCCAGCAUAACCUCAAGUGGCGCGCUUUCAUCUCAUCUGCUACCACAUAAACCAGUCUUCGGUUGAAAACCAAAACAGAUACAAUCUGUAAGGAAGACUUAUUAAAGGUGUUUUUAACAAAUGAGCUGAAACCAUGGAAGAGGAGGUGAAGAUGUCUAGCAAUGAACAAGGGGGUGAUUUAAGCAAAGAUGCUGUGUCUGAUACUGACAAUACCCCUGCUUUAAAAGGAAAGGAGAAAUCACAGGGUUCAAGGAGGCUGAAGGGUGGUGACCCUGACAAAGUUUCAGAGAUUUCAAAUGGUGUGUCUAAUGUGCCCAAGAAAGGAAGAGGACGUCCGAAGACGAAAACAGUGGAAGAUAAAUCAGGAGAGGGCCAUGAUCAAACUGACCAGGAUAAUGCGAGCAAUAAUGAAGAGAACACGCAGGAAAAGCCUCUCAGCACAUCUGGAGAAGACGUGGCAAAUGGUAGCUCUGGACCAAAAGCAGGAAGGGGUCGUCCAAAAGGAACCUCAAAGCGCAAGUCAAAAAGUUUAACACAAGAUGGAGAUGGCGCUCCUUCCCAACCAAUAAAAAGAGGCCGACCAAAAGGAUCUCCAAAUAAGACACCUCGACUGGUGGCUGAGUUGGGCACUGAUAUCAAGGUUAAAACUGAUGGAAGUACAAACCUGACAAGUUCAAGAGGUCGAAUCAGGAAGAUUCGGGUACCAUAUAGUGGGGCACCGCAAAUUUCCAAAAAAAGUCCCAGAGGAAGGGGAAGACCACGAAAAAUUGUUGAAGAUGAAGAUGAUGAUGAUGACGACGAUGAAGAUGAUGACGACGACGAUGAAGAUGACGAUUCUUACCAGACAGUCAAAAGAGCCAGAGGUCGACCUAAAGGAUCUAAAAAGAGCAGCAAGUCCCAAGAUCGUGUAACGGCAAAGAAAAAGCGCAGUCAAUCAAAACAAAUGACAGUCAAGAGAGGAAGGCCUAGAAAACAUCCCUUACCCACACCAGAGGAGUUGAAGAAACCAAAAGUAUGGAAGCCACUGGGCCGUCCGAGGAAGUACCCACGGGUCGAUCCUCCAGAAGGUGCGUCAUCGCCUGUCCGCAGAGGCCGCGGCCGUCCACGCAGGGCUGAAUCAAAGAAAGGUGCUCACUUGCACACGCAUUCGUCUAAGGGUCCAGUGUCAUUGCGCAGUCCAGCUGAUGGAGCCCCGAAAAAAAGAGGCAGACCACAACUUUCUGCAAAAAACCCAGAUGUCACUUCACGGAAAAGAGGUCACCCCAAAAGCUUGCCCAGCAAAGAACAUAAAGCAGGUGGUUCAUCAGCAAAUGAAGGAGAACAGGAGAUGCAGAUAAACAACAGCAAGCCCAGCGAAGAUGCUGACACAGUUGAGAAACAGGACACAGACAUCCAGGCUUGAUAAUAGCUCAGGUCUCACCAAAAAGUUGUAGUUGUAGGGUAGUUGCUGUUUAAAAAAAAGAGAGAGUACACUCUUUGUAUGUGCAAACACGUUUUUAACAUUUUUGUCAGAGUAGAUGUCCAGCAGCUCCUCUGUUUUUAAACUAACACGUUGAUCUGGUUUAAAUGUGUUCAAUUAUGUUUUUCUAAAGCAGAUCUUUUUCUGUCUUCUGGGCAAGUAGUUCUUCUAAUCUUCUCCAAAUGGCAUGUAGAGUGGUGUUCUAGACUUUCCAGUUUUCAUUUAGAUUUUAAAUGUAGACUAUUUUAGUUUUGAAUGUUACAGAAACAGUGCUUAAGAAUGAAAGAAAGAAAUGUCUUUUAGCUUCUCCCUAUAUCCACUUCUUUGAAUGGCAUGUGUUUCUUGCAAAGUCCAACAGUCAGUGCCUCCAUUUUAAAUUGUUUAUUUCUAUUGUUUUCAAAUUACAUCAACUUUUUUACUGGAUAAGUAGGGAAUGGAGCGUGUGUUUUGCCCGCAAUAGACUAAAUUUACAUUACAUUUGCAAUGUAAGACAUUUGGCUAACUAGCUUACUGGAACCAACCAAUUUGUGCCAUGUACACCAGCAUGAUUACAUUUUUCAUGCUUUUUUUUUUAAAUUGGUGUUUUAAAUUAGUGUUUCUCAGCCUUUCUAGAGCAACAGCGCAUAUUCUACACUGGAAGAAUUUCACGGCACACCAGCAAACAAAAUUGCCACCAAAGGUACAUGCAAUAAAAUAGACGGAUCUUUUAGUUUCAGUUUACACACAAUUUACUUGUUUAGUUGAACAAGACAAGACUGCUUUGUUUUAAUUUUUUCACAGAGAUGUUCUGUCAGAGUUUCCAGCCAACGCCCCAGAUAGCAUGCCGUUCUGGUCUCUAAAGUCUAAGGAUAAGCAGCGGUUACAGAGCCCUCGGUUGGAUCAUGGUAAAGCCUAUUAUCCAAGUGUAUACUGAAAGGUUUAAUGGUUCUUAAUUUAACAGCUGAUACUGUUGAAAUCCUUUCUCAUCACCAACAGUUAUUUUGGGCAGUAAAUUAAUUUGAGUGUUAAAUUGCUGCACUAAACUGGUUCUAUGGGUUAACUUAAAUAGUUUUUGGCAGUGACCUGUACCACGUUUUUUUUUUACGUUCAAGUCAAGAGAACCUUAAAAUUUGACCACUGAGCAAGAAUGUUCCACAUUGAGACUUUACAUUUUGAAGUUUUUCCUCAAAUUUUUAGUUUUUUUUUCUCAAAUUGUGAUGUUCAAAGAUUUUGAACGAAGAAUUGUUUAUUGAUGCUAUUUCACUUUUGUGUAUCGACCUUAAUCGUUUCAUCUUUUAAUGUAUCUUGUGUUUUUUUUUUGUUUUUUUUUGUAUUAUUAUUCUGCAUCAGUACAGCAGAAACAAGUGUCCAUUAAAACAUGCAUUCCUGGAUUGGAAGGAAAGCUUGGUUGAAUGACAAUUUAAUUGUGUUUGAAAGUAACUGUGACAGCUUGUAUUUCCUGAUUUGCGGCCCACAAGAUGAUUGGUAUUCUAUUAAUUUCACAAAAAUAAUUUUAAUUGCUUUUGUGCACCUGGUGUUAAAAAACAUGUGCCAUCAUAAUGUAUGGUGAGGGAGAGGUUCAAGCCAAUGCCAAAUUCUUAAUUCUCUGCUGUCCAUUUUCUGUUGGUAGAAAAUUUGAGAUAAUUAAAAUGGGGAAAAAAAUGGAAAAUUUGUUUUUAGUGGGAAUAUUUGGUUCUUAUGUGUGUUUUGAGCAAGAAUUUUAAAAACAUUUUGAGUUAAUGGUCUUGAAAUAAAUGUAUUGUUUUUAACA